CGCAGAGCUGCUUUGGGCAGUGAAAUGACCCAGAAGGAACAAAAUGUGGGGCUGGGCUGUGGCUGCACAGAGGCAGCUGGGAAGCACUAAGUGGCCAGUUUCUUAACCUCCUGGCAGCGUGAAGUGCCAGAAUGAGCUGCAGCAGUGCCCAUAUCCCUGAGGCAAGCCCCGUGCUCAGGGGUUAGUGUUGGCAGCAGGUGCAGGACUGUGGAGCACCAGAGUGGAAGAGCUGGUGGGAGGAUCCCCGCGGGCUCGGGAUGUUGUGUUGGGCGGAUGUUCUGCUCCCUGCAGGCAGGACGUGGUGCUGUUGUGGGUGAGGCUGCGGGUGGCGGCUCCUGACGCAGGCACAGCUGACGGGAUGUGACACAAAAGGAGGUGCGAGCCGGGGAUGCCAAAGGCAUCAUUCCGCUGCGGCCGUGCCAGGAGCAGCCUCCGCUCCCGUUCCAGGUGCUGUGAAUUGUCACACAGGUAUGGCACCUGCAGGCUGACCCGGGGCUGCGCUCCGGGCCGGGAUUCUGUGUGCUGGGGAGCCCCGGGGCGGCUGCCGAGCAUUGGAUUCUCUCGGUGGGACGGCGCGACCGGGAGCGCUGCGGGCACCGGCGGGGCCGCCCCGCCCAUCACCUGCCCCGCCCCGCGCUCUGAUUGGCCAGCGGUGCCCGUAGGGGCGGCGCCCGCGGUGACCACGCCCCUCACGGGACUCCAGCCCCCGCCGCGCCCCGCGUGGCCCCGGUCCCGCCGCCCCCCCGCGCCCCGCAGCGGCUCUGCGCCCCCCGAGAGCCCCGGUACCGGCAUGGCGCGGCCCCCCGUGCCCAGCUCGCAGAAAGCGCUGCUGCUGGAGCUGAAGGGGCUGCAGGAGGAGCCCGUGGAAGGAUUCCGGGUCAGGCUGGUGGACGAAGGGGACCUGUACACCUGGGACGUGGCCAUCUUCGGCCCCCCGGACACCCACUACGAGGGCGGGUACUUCAAGGCUCGUCUCCGGUUUCCCAUCGACUACCCCUACUCUCCUCCUGCCUUCAGGUUCCUAACCAAAAUGUGGCACCCCAAUAUCUAUGAGACAGGUGAUGUCUGCAUCUCCAUCCUCCACCCGCCCGUGGAUGACCCGCAGAGCGGGGAGCUGCCAUCGGAGCGCUGGAACCCCACCCAGAACGUGCGAACCAUUCUGCUGAGUGUGAUCUCACUGCUGAAUGAGCCCAACACGUUUUCCCCAGCCAACGUGGACGCCUCUGUGAUGUACCGCAAGUGGAAGGAGAGCAAAGGGAAGGACCGGGAGUACACAGACAUCAUCAGGAAGCAAGUGCUGGGCACCAAGGUGGACGCUGAGCGGGACGGAGUGAAGGUCCCCACCACGCUGGCUGAGUACUGCGUGAAGACCAAGACUCCAGCCCCAGAUGAGGGCUCAGACCUCUUUUAUGAUGACUAUUAUGAGGAUGAUGAGAUGGAGGAAGAAGAAGAGAGCUGUUAUGGUGAUGAGGAUGACUCCGGCAAUGAGGAAUCUUGAUGGGCCUCUGGCAUUGCAAUACUUACUAUAAACUGCUGAAUUUUACCUCAACUAGAACAAACUGGUUUGAAGUUAGGAUCUGUCAGCCCUGAAAUUAACUCUCUACCUCGCAGGGAGACUGUUCUGCUGUUGCAAAGGAAAUCCCAUCGCCGUCUUUGUAGGAAAAAAAUAAACCCCCUAUUUUAUAAACUUCCUGGGGGGUGGGUGAAGAGGGGGAAGCUGUGUUGGGGUGUUCACAAAGCCACAGAAACUGAGGUGCUGGUGGCUCUGCCUGGCUGAGGAGUGACAACCAGGCCUGGUGUUGCUGUCCCUCAUUUGGGUAUGUUCAGCUUCUUUUCAGCCUCAUGGGGUAGGAGCUUGUGGGGCUUGUGGGGGGUGGUGAGUGGUUGCUUUGGUAGGGGGGCAGCAUGUGAGUGCUGUCUUGGCUUUCAACACCUUUUGGGGUUCACCCUGCAGCCAUCAGGACCCUUUUGCCUUCCCUGCCCAGGAUGCUGGAGCUGUGUUCACAGGGAGGAGGACUUACCCAGCAGCCACCAGCACUGAGUGUGUGGGGAUGGUCUGGUUGCGGUUUUUAACUAGCUGGGGAGAUGGGGUCAUGCUGAGUAAUUCUGCUUCUGGGUUUUUUUUGGACACUAUUUAAUAAAGUUCUUCCAGGGAA